AUGAGUUCAACAAGCAAAGCUUGGACGGUGGCCGCAAGCAUCGGAGCAGUGGAGGCGCUGAAAGACCAACUGGGCUUCUGCAGAUGGAACUACAUCCUUCGAUCAGCUCAUCACUACGCUAAGUCCAACGUCAGAUCCAUCUCUUCUCAGGCCAAGACCCUGCCUCCUAAUUCCUCUGCCGCCGCCGCCAUGACUUCUGGCGAGUCGUUGAAGCAGGCUCAAAAUUCCGAGGAAUCUCUUAGGAAAGUCAUGUACUUGAGCUUGGCUGUUGGAGCAGUAGAGGCGAUGAAAGACCAAGGCCUCUGCAGAUGGAAUUACGCCAUCAGAUCAAUCCACCAGCACGCCAAGAACAAGAUUAGGUCCUCUUCAAUUUCCCAACAACAAGCUUCUCAGGGCAUUGGGGGAGCCAGGAAAAUGGUUGAGCAAGAGAAGGCGACGAGAGCAGAGGAGUCUCUUAAGACGGUUAUGUACUUGAGCUGUUGGGGUCCUUACAAUUAG